CUUCACUACUGUCAUCUGAUCACUGUGUGGGUCGAUUGGAGCUCCAGAUAACAGCCCCAACAGUUGGAUCAAGUACCAGCUAGUUCACCACCGCAAACUGAUGGACACCAAAACACUCUAACGGUCUCCUCCGCAGCACAGACAGCCUCUCUCUUCGCUUGCUACAGGGUUAGUCAGUGGACUGUCUGCGCUGGAAGUUACGGUAGAUGUUUGGUAGUAUGUAAAGACGUGUUUGUGAGAUAUUGUCGAUAAAGAGGAAGGCUGUUGGGAGAGAAGGAAGGGACGCGGCUUUCCGUUAAUUCGCUUCUAACGCGCAGCGGCAGCAAACGGCACCAUGAGCGUCCCGCUUUACGCACCGACUCCCAUCCAGCCGGCUCACCCGACUCCCUUCUACAUCGAGGACAUUCUGGGAAGGACUGGCACCACCAACACCUCCUCCUCCUCUCCCUCCUCAUCUUCCUCCUGCGCCUCCUCAUCGUCCUCCUGCUCCACUCCGGUCAUCCCCACACCGACUCUCCCGUCGCCCAACUCCUCCUUUACAAGUCUCAUCUCGCCUUACCGUACGCCGAUUUACGAACCCACACCGAUCCACCCGGCACUGUCUCAUCACGCUGCUGCGGCGCUGACUGCGACGUACGCGUCUGCGGGGGCUUUCGCCGGCUCCAUCUACCCGUUCCACCAUCACCAGCACCACCGCUCCAUGGGGGAGUACGCACAGGCGCUGCUGAGGCACGACCCUCUCGGGAAACCUCUGCUAUGGACUCCCUUCAUCCAGCGGCCCUUACAUAAAAGAAAGGGCGGUCAGGUCCGGUUCUCUAACGACCAGACCAUCGAGCUGGAGAAGAAGUUCGAGACGCAGAAAUACCUUUCACCUCCGGAGAGGAAACGACUGGCCAAGAUGCUGCAGCUCAGCGAGAGACAGGUUAAAACCUGGUUCCAAAAUCGACGAGCGAAGUGGCGAAGACUAAAACAGGAAAAUCCCCAGGGGGGGAAGAGGGAGGUGGAGGAUGACAGUUCCGCCGGGAGGAGUAAUAAAGGAGACGAGACGACCGAUCUGUCCGGGAUCCAGAGCCCGGAGCAGAGACACACUAUCCCGGUCUCUGAGCUGGCGCAGGCGGGCCGCUGUGCGCGCUCCGUGUCCCCUCAGCAGUCCCACACAGAGCUGGACUCUGACGUGUCAGACGAUACAGACCAGGAGCUCGACAUAGAGGACGACGACGAGUUCACACUGAACCCCCAGCUCUGAAACACAAGCUCAACACAUACUGAUCCACUCGGAAUGCUGGAUGAGCUGGAUGAUGAAGACUACUGGACUCCUAUGACGCUGGAGACAGACAGGUGAUGGACUAGUUCCCGAUGAAAUAUUUGGGUGAAAAAUCCGCGAGUUGCCGGAACUAUGCUCUAACUUUUACUUCACCCUCAUCAGUGCCUGCACACAGGAUUGUCAGGAAACUUUUUGUAUAUAAUGCAUAGCCCUCAGCUAUAUUUUGUGUUGAUUGUUUCUGUGUUUCUGUAAAUGAAUAUAGAUCAUUUCUCUGUACUGUAUGUCCUUGAAUGAUUAACGCUCUUACUUGUAUAGGCCUUUGCCUUAAAAUAUAAUAUUUCAUUAAAUAAUCGAUGUAGCGCAAAUUCUGUUUUGUAGGGUGAUAACUAAUAAACUAUUUUUU